AUGCCGCAGCACGAUCUCGUCGUGCUCACCGCGAUGAUCCAGGCCUAUGCCGAGAGCGGCGAUGUGAAGAACACCCAGAAAAUCUUCUUUCGCCAGAUCCUGGAACGCGAUGAUUGCCGCCUACUCGAGAUGCGAUGCCCAUGCCGCCCACGAGAUCGUUGUCAGAUGAGCCUGGUUUCUGAGAAUCAGAGCCUUUGCUCGAGCUGGAUCGGUCGAGGACGGCAAGCUCCAAACGGCCUGAUAGAGGAAGCGAUCGUGAGCUUCACACAGAUUCCAGAGCGAAAUAUUCUCACCUGGAAUGCGAUGGCGAGCACUUACGCGCACAAUGGCCUGCUCGACAGCGCCAGGAACAGCGAUUCGGCGCAAGAGCUGGACUCCGUGUCAUGGAACGUCUUGAUCACCGCGAUUGCGCAGAGCGGGGACUGCGAGCGAGAUAUCGAAAUAUCUUGCGAGAUGCUACUGCGCGGCAGUGAUCCCGACUCCAUGGCCAUGAAUUUCCACCUGGAGCGGCUGCCAGAGCGUCUCCAAACCCUGGGCCGGGUGAAGCGGCUCGACGAAGCGGAGGAGCUCGCUCGGAUUACAAGAAAAGAAGACGCCGUCGCAUGGAGGACGCUGCUCGCUGCCUGUGAGAUCCACGGCGAAGAGAAUCAAGGGACGCGAGCGGCGUGCCGCGUUCUUGAUCUCCUCCAACGCAUUGAAGCUGCCCUAAAAUAUCUUUUCCCGCCAAAGUCAAGGCUUUAA